AUGGAUCCCGAUGACCUAAACAGUGUACUGGAAGCUGAGGAAGUGACAAUCAAUGGUACCACGUUUACAAAGAAAUGGUGCCAAGUCUGUAAAUUCUUCCGGCCUCCACGAUGUCGACACUGCUACACGUGUAAUGUCUGUGUGGAGAAUCUUGAUCAUCACUGUGCUCUCAUGAAUACCUGCAUUGGAAAACGAAAUUACCGCUUCUUCUUCGUUUUACUGCUUUCUUUGGUGUUCUUUAACCUUUUAAUGCUCGGAUUCUGUUUGACAUACGUGUUUCUGAACAUUCAUGAGCGUUACACAGUCGAAAAGAUCUUCACCCGUGUGAAGACCAUCAAGAAAACCCAAAAAAUAAAUCACCUCCAGGAACAAAUCUCCUUGUCUGUUGUGUCUUCGCCCACAGACUGUCCUCAGAACACUGCAGCAGACACCACAACUCCUCCCUGUUUUAUAAUCACCCCGACAAGCCCCCCUCGUCCAGUACCCUCAUACAUUUGUCUGCCAAAUCGAGGUCUGGAUAUCACUGUCUGCAGAAGAGUUGGCACUGGCUCUGAAGCACCACGGGGUGGACCAAGGUUUAAUGCAGAGAAGACCUACAAAUACAGUUAUACCGUGGAGGUACAGUUAGACAGAGGCAAAGGAGCAGACCAAAAGAGUGCCGGAUUUAAAAUUGUAUCCAACGUCAAUGUUGACUUGUUAUGGAGAAAUUCAAGCAAUGAAGAGGACCAACUUAUUAGAAUUAUGAUAACUGAUGUCAACUUUGAAAAUGUGAGCAAACGAAGUGACAACAAAAACAUCUUUAAGGGCACAACUGCAGGUGGAAUUCUAGGAAAGAGCAACCUGGCAGCUUUGGAGAAACCAGUUCUGAUACACUGGAUAAAUGGAAAGGUGAAAAACUUUUUCUCAUUUUCAAAUGAGCCGGUGAUAAUUCAGAACAUCAAGAGAGGCCUGACCAGCUUGUUCCAAGUGCAGUUCAAAUCUACAAGCGCGACCGAGGUCGAUGUCUCUGGUAAGUGCAAGGUUAAUUACCAGGCCCGUGACAACAAAGUGACCAAACUAAAGUUACUGGACAGCUGCAAAGAGGCACAGAAAGGAUUCACCAGUCACAACAAGGUAUUAGGAGUCAAUACAACAUCAACAUCAGCUAGCAUUUAUCUAUUGGAAAAUAAUUUCAUUCAUUCAGUACUGUCUGAGGAGCAUCACCUGGUUUCACUCAAUGUACGGCAAGAACUUGCAGCUAAUAUUUUAUCAAGGCAGAAGCUGGAAUUUCAGAUGACGAAGGCUGGACCUAAAGAAAUCCAGGCAUUACAAAUUAGGAGUGUUAUUAAUUCUGUGAAUCCCAAAUAUGUGUCCAUCCCUUUAAUCGCUGGAGCAGUCAAAGCAGAAGGCCAAGGUUGUCCUUCACUUGUUGAUUAUUGGAAGACCAUACAGAAAGAACUGGAGCCCAAGAAUCUCGCCAAUGCGUCUGCCACCAGAAGUUUCUUAUUGCUGGUUCAAGCUUUGAGAAAAGCCAAGAAGGACGAAAUCCUGAAAAUCCUGAGAAGUGAGAAGGACAGCACGCUUCCACAACUAGUCGAUGCUGUGACCUCCGCUCAGACCCCUGCUUCUUUCUCAGCGAUACUGGAGUUCUUAGAUUUCAGGAAUGACAGUAACUACCUCUUACAAGAGAGGUUCCUGUACGCCUGUGGCUUUGCCUCUCAUCCCACCGAGGAGAUGCUGAGUGCUUUAAUGCAUAAACUUAAUGGAAAAAUCAGGAGCAACGACAUCCGAGAAACUGUUGUGAUUAUCAUCGGGGCACUCAUCAGGAAAUUCUGCCAGAAAGGACAGUGUGAACUGCCGACCGUGGUCAAAGCGAAGGAAAUGAUUCUUAAAGGUGCGGAAUCGGCAAAAGAAGAAUCUGAGAUUCAGAUGUACAUCCUGUCUCUGAAGAAUUCUCUUCUCCCUGCCGCGAUUCCUGUCUUACUGAAACACGCAGAGUCGGGUAUUGGGCCCAUCAGCAAUAUUGCUGUUGCAGCUAUCCAGAAAUAUGAACAAGCAUACAUCACGGAGGAGGUGAGAAAGGUAAUGAACAGGAUCUACCAUCAGAGCCGACAGAUCCAUGAGAAGACGGUGCGGACAUCUGCAGCAGACAUUAUCUUUAGCAACAACCCCUCGUACAUGGAUGUUAAAAAUAUUCUCCUUUCCAUUGGCGAGCUACCAGCUGAAAUGAGCAAAUAUUUACUCUCUAAGAUUCAGGAUAUUCUCCGAUUUCAACUUCCGGGGAGUGAAAUGGUGCGAAAAGUUCUGAAGGACACUGUUAUCCACAACUAUGACCGAUUCUCCAAGAUUGGCUCUUCGUCGGCCUACUCAGGAUACAUGAAACAGGGUACAGAUUCAUCGUUGACGUACAGUCUGGACAUCCUAUACUCGGGAUCUGGCAUCCUGAGAAAGAGCAACAUGAACAUCUUUUUGCUCAGCCAGGGAACACAGCUACAAGCAACACAGGUUGUGAUCGAAGCUCAGGGUUUAGAGUCUUUAAUAGCUGCAACAGCCGAUGAAGGUGAGGCCAAUCUCGAGUCCCUGGCUGGGAUGUCUGCUGUACUGUUUGAUGUCCAACUCAGGCCAGUCACCUUCUUCCAAGGCUACACCGACUUAAUGGCCAAGAUGUUCACGGCAACUGGAGCACCGAUGAGUGUGGUUAAAGGCCUUAUUCUGCUCAUUGAUCACGUCCAGAUCUUUCAGCUGCAGUCAGGACUGACGGCAACUGUGGAGUUCCAAGGAGGUUUGGCCAUCGAUAUCUCAGGUGGAAUGGAUUUCAGCUUAUGGUACCGGGAAUCUAAAACCACUGUCACCAACAGAGGUGCAGUGGUCAUCAUUGGUAACAUCACAGUGGAUUCGUUCUUUGUAAAGAGCGGCGUGGAGGUGAGUGUGGAAACAGAAGCCGUACUCGAUUUCAUCUCAACCGUGAAGUUCUCGGAGUAUCCGUUUCUGGUCUGUAUGCAGAUGGUCAAAGACCAGUUUCCUUUCAGGCAGUUUGUGACCAAAUAUGAAAGCCUGCCAUCAGGGAAGAUGUACGUGUCUCGGAAAGAGAAGAAAGUCCUGAUGACUGGAUCAGAGUUCCCUCUCCACCAGGAAAACUCCGACAUGUGCAAGAAGGUCUUUACGAUAGAGUCGGACUCAUCAGAGUGGUUCUGAGAGCUGGGGAGAGGGCAUGGGGGGUGUUCGAUCACUGACUACAGAAUUCUGCGAGAGAAGAGAUGAAGAAUUAAAACUAAACCAAACAGUAGAGGGAGCUGACAGCAGGCUUCCCAGCAACUAAAUGGAGAAAAGUGUCUGAGUUGUUAGAUAAUUCUGAAUGUGGAAA